AAACUGCAAAUUAAAAAAAAAUGGUGUUGUCCAAAGUUCUUCAGAAAUUAUUCUUACGUCAAAUGGGAAUUUGGAAAUAAAAUAUUAAAAGAAAUUAUAAAUCUGUCUGGCUGUUUUAGAAUCACACAGACUUUCUGCAGCUGCGGAAUCACACAGUUCUAAAUAGUAAGUCUGCUUUAAAAAAAAAAUCUUUUAAACAUUUAUAUAUUCUGAAGGUGGCCAGCAGAAAAAAUUUUCUUUAUGCAAAAAUGCAUUAGUAUUCACAAUGAUGACCCUGCGCACAGACAAAUAUUAAAGCGUUCAGUCUGGUUCUUAUACUUGGGUUUGCAGAAAAGCCUAAAUGUUAAUAUUACUUAAAAGGAAUUAAUAGAACCAAGUUAUACCAUUAAAAAGCAGUCAAACGUUUGUGAUUUGCUGAUAAGAAUCAUAACUUUCACCACACACUUAUUGCAAACCACUGGUUAUUUAUUUUUAUUUUUUUUCAUCACAAUUUUUUGUGCUGUUAAUUUCUGCUAAACUAAAUUCUGAAGCAGCAGCUUGUUGUUUGCUGCCGGUUUAAAUCCCAGUCAUCCUUUCAUAGCCACUAUUCCUUGGGCUCGCUUCUGUUCGGCCGUGACAACAUUGUAACACAACUCUAUAAAUAUCUGGUAAAUACACAGAAAGAAUGAAAUGAUGUUUCUUCAUAACACAAUCCAUAAUAAGCUUGAUUUUGGCUCAGUAACUGCAGUGGUUUUCCCUCUGUCUGGCAGUAAUUACAGGAUUUCUUGGAGUGUGAGGUGCAGUUAAGUGAUGAGUGUGGACAUGAUGGUGAGUGGUGUGAAAGUGAGGGAGGACUGUACACAGAGAAACCAGAGGGAGGGAGACAGAUGUGGCGACUGCAGAGGUGGACUUAGCAGUCAUCUGUGUUUUAACGCUCACUGCACCUGAGCGCUGCCACCAUGUCAGACUGACGACUGCUUCCCACAACUCACGGUUUUUUUCGUCCCAAAGGUUGACAGAUUUGUACUCAUUGGGCUUGAACAAGAUGGAGAACAACACAACAAUUUUUCAGGAUGUGACUGGGGCUGUAAAUCUACCAGAAAUGCCCAUGAAGUCUCUAGCAGAGCAAGUUGUGACAAUAUUUUUGACAUUGCUGAUUUGUGGAGUCGGGAUUGCAGGGAAUGUGAUGGUCGUGCUCGUGGUGUUGCGCACCAAACACAUGGUGACUCCAACCAACUGUUACCUGGUCAGUUUAGCCGUGGCUGACCUGAUUGUGCUCCUAGCUGCAGGCCUUCCCAACAUCUCUGAUGUUGUAGCCUGCUGGAUAUACGGCUACACUGGAUGCCUGUUUAUAACCUAUCUUCAGUACCUUGGCAUCAACGUGUCAUCCUGCUCCAUCACAGCCUUCACCAUCGAGCGCUACAUUGCUAUCUGUCACUCCAUAAAGGCUCAGUUUAUAUGUACAGUUUCCCGGGCCAAGAGGAUCAUAGCUGGGGUCUGGAUCUUCACCUCACUCUACUGCACCAUGUGGUUCUUCUUGGUGGACAUUGAUGAAACAGUCUACGCUAACGGGGUGGUGGUCAACUGUGGCUACAGAGUCUCCAGGAGUCUCUACAUGCCCAUCUACUUCCUGGACUUCACAGUUUUUUAUGUAGUUCCUCUUAUUGUAGCCACUGUGCUGUAUGGGCUCAUUGCAAGGAUUCUGUUCAUCAGCCCACUGCCGAGCGACCGAGCAGGAGGAGGAUCCGUUCACCAGGGUCACUACAACAGUACCAGUAGUGCCAAUAAAGGGGCCAUCGCUGCAAGGAAACAGAUAACAAAGAUGCUGGUUGUGGUGGUUGUCCUCUUUGCCCUGCUGUGGAUGCCUUACCGCACGCUGGUAGUCAUCAACUCCUUCAUCGACCCACCUUACCAUGACACCUGGUUCAUCCUUUUCUGCCGGAUGUGCAUCUACAGCAACAGUGCCAUCAACCCGAUCAUUUACAACCUCAUGUCACAGAAGUUUCGUGUUGCAUUCAGGAAGCUCUGUAAAUGCGGCUGCCGACGGGGUGAGGCGAAGUACGAUGCGCCGAUCUACUGCAGCGUGAUGAAGAAUUUGUCACAUGGGAGCAACGAGCCAGUCACAGAGCAGGAGGACGUCGGUGGCCAGUUUGGAAACAGAUUCAAUAUCACAGAUCAUGACAAAGGCACUCUCAAAGUUUCUUGAAGAGAUUUUGCAAGAAUUGUCAGGACAAUGUGUGUUAAUGGGAAAUCAUAGAUCUAAAUAUACAGUUUUGGUGUAAAUUCCUCUUAUUUCCUAAAUAUAUCUGCACGUGUUCUUGAUGAUAAAUGUCUAUGGCUUUGUGUGUAGAACUAGACGUAGUUCUUUUUCAUUAUUGCUGUAAUUACUCUGUAAAUAUAUAUGCUUCUACAGUGUGUUUCAAUAAAACAGAUUAAUUUCAAA